AUGGAAGAUUCAAGCGCGAUACUGUGCCAGAUUUCUUGCCUCAAGGACAUGCUCGAUCAGGUGAACGAGGAGAUGGAGUCGAGCAUCCAGGCCACGAGGGAGAUGGAGUCGGAGAUCGUCAGGUGCUCGGAGGCCGAAGCCGCCUUGGCGGCGAGGGAGGCGGAGCUGACCGAGCGGCUCUACGCGUCGCAGUUCGAGCUCGUCGGAUUGGCUGCGGUGACCGCUGAAUCGAGGAAGUCGGUUACCAGCACGGAGCAGGAGCUGCGCUCUCUCCAAAAGAAGCGAGACGAGAUACAAGAAAGGAUGAUCUGUAAACGGAUGAAGGAGCUUUUUGACACAGAAGCUUUUUCUGGAGGAGGACGGUUUUUGGGCCAGAGGAGGAUCGGAAAUGGCCCAGUCAGUGGAAGCCGGUCAAACAGUUGA